AAUUAUGAAAAUAUGAGCAAUUCCAAAUCCAUGGGCAUUUGGAAUUCCUAAGCCCCAAUGGCUGAACCGGUCCUACAAGGACAACGGUCACCCAUGCUCAACUCUUAUGACAUACUGUGGCUCUUCCUAUGAGUCCUCAUCUUAAAGCAUUUUUGAGCAGUGUUGGUUCCUUUUCCACGCUUUUUUUGACUUUAACCAUCUGCUAUUCUGCUGUGGGCCCACUUAUCUGAUAAAACAAUAUUGGCGUAAGCUAGAAAGGUUAUGAAUUCCCGGUUCCUUGCUUUUGAAUAGAUUGAAUUCUUAAUUAUUUCUCGGGCAUUUCAAAGCAGAUAAAGUAAAUGUUUACAUGGAAGCAACUUGCAUUAUUGAACUAUACUCUUGGGACCCCAAACUAUCUCUUCUCUCUAAGUGGAAAAACAUGAAGUUGCUCCUUGUCUUCACAGUUAUUUCUAGCUUCUUCUUCUGCUUCUUUUACGGUGCUGCUGGUGAGCUAAUAAAAGCUCUCCCAGGACAACCUGCCAAUGUCGCUUUCAAGCAAUACUCCGGUUACAUUGUCACUGAACCUCAACAUGGCCGAGCUUUGUUCUACUACUUUGUGGAAGUGGGUUCUGCCAAUCCACUCUUACAUCCCUUAACAUUGUGGCUUAACGGAGGCCCCGGUUGUUCAUCUCUUGGCUUUGGUGCAUUCAUGGAAAAUGGUCCUUUCCAGCCAGGGGAAAGUGGACAUUUGAUCAAGAAUAAAUAUUCAUGGAAUUUGGAAUCAAACAUGUUAUAUCUUGAGAGUCCAAUUGGAGUGGGGUUUUCUUACUCAAACACAAGCUCAGAUUACCUCGGAGUGAAUGAUACUAUAACAGCUAAGGAGAAUCUUCAAUUCCUUCUUAAUUGGUUCAAAGAAUUCCCACACUAUCGAGACUCGGCUUUGUAUCUUUCUGGGGAAAGCUAUGCAGGUCACUACAUUCCUCAGCUGGCGGCCCUAAUCCUAAAUUACAAUAAGCGUUUAAGUGUCAGACCCAUCAAGCUUAAAGCCAUUGCAGUUAAUCUCUCAUUGCUCUUAAUAUUCCGUCAGCUUCCUGUUACCAAGUAUUCAUGUUUUAGCUUGAGCUUUACCAAUUUUCAAUUUUACUUUUUGGUCAUUCUGCAGUUGGGAAAUCCUCUUUUAGAUCUGGAAAUUAGUGUAAACAAUGAUGAGUUUUUGUGGUCACAUGGAGUCAUUUCAGAUGAAAUGCUUAUGCUGAGAAAGAUUAAAUGUAAUGAACCAAGGUACCUUAAAGAGUCCAUUCACCAGAAUCUGUCCAAAGAAUGCAUAGAUGUGCUCAAAAAACAGGAAGAAGAAAUGGGUUCAUAUACUGAUCCUGGAGACUUGAUUUUGCCAAUUUGCUUGUCACCAACUGUACUAGGCCAGACAGUUUAUCACGGAGCACUCAAGCUGUUACAUGCGAAGCUUGCUAUGAGAUCAGGUGUUUCCACUGAUCCAUGUCUUGCAGAUAGGAUACAUCAAUACCUCAACUCACCUAAAGUACAAGAAGCAUUUCAUGCAAACACAACUCGCCUCCCUUCAAUUUGGGAAUUCUGUGGAGGGCAUCUUGUCUAUCAAAGAGAGAAUCUAGGAAUCAAUAUCUUACCACUUUUGUCAAAACUUCUCAGAAGCAGGAUACCGCUUCUCCUCUUCAACGGAGAUCAAGAUUCAAAAAUCCCAUUAACACAAACAAGGAUAAUUGCCAAUAUGCUUGCAAAAGAAUUGAAGUUUGUUCGAUUUGGAAAUUAUGCUCCUUGGUAUGACAAGAUGCAGGUUGGUGGGUGGAGUCAAUCAUUUGGCCGAGCAAGGAAAGGAAAAAAUGUGACAUAUUUGACCUUUGCUACAGUCAGAGGUGCAGCUCAUGAGGUCCCAUACACUUCGCCUUCAGAAGCUCUCACUCUAUUCCGAGCAUUUCUUAGAGGAUCUCCUUUGCCUAGAACCAGAGUCUAAGUUACUUAAAGUCAGGAUUAAUAACUUGGUAUUGUUGUACGUUUUAAUUAUGAUUUUCUUUUGCAGUUCUAUAAGUGGAGAAUAAAUCCAUUAAAAAAAAAAAAAAACUGAGUAGAAAGCUCCAUCUGCAUGCCUGGCUGGACUAAUAGGAGAGAACUGUUCAUGUCUUUUUAUAAUUGGUUUCAUUGUAUUUUCUUUUUGUACUUAUUGUCCUUGAUCAACUAUUCUGCGAA